AUGCCUACGCCUGUGGAGUCUCAUUCUCUCUUGCACUCGGGUCUGACUUUGUGCGGCUCCAUCAUUUCUGUCAAUCAAGACCGCAGGAAAACCUCAACCCUAGGUUGCGUCAUUCAAGUAGGGUCUGGGUUUUACGGCCUAACUGCAGCUCACGCCGUAAGGAAGUCCAGGGCGUAUCCUACACUACCACUGAACUCACAUACCGACGAAGGACUGGGUGCAGCCUCGGACGGUCCCAUGACAUCACAUGUUCUGAGAAAUUGGCAAAAUCCAUUCAUGGCCUGUAAGAAUGCUGAGGCCGUAGAGUUGGAUGAUCAUUCAACCAGUGAAGUAGCAGUCGAUGAAAGUGUCGAAGACGUAGACUUUGUCACCGACGUGGAAUACGAAGACUUGAGGGAGGACGAUGAUAACCAUGGAGACGACUCGACGACUUCGAUGCCCAACGAUGUCUUCCACGAGGACUACUUAACUUCAGCCCCUCAAGAAGGGAUGAUGGAGACGCAAGCAAUGUUUCUGUCGAUUCCUGAAUUGAAUGAUAAGUGUCUCGUUUCUCGCCGAGCCAGACCUAACAUGGCGCACAGGGUCACACACGGCGACUCCGGAUCAAUUGUCAUUGACGCUCGAACAAAUGUUGUUUAUGGACAUGUUGUGGCGUCAAAUCCCCUUGGAGAGAUUUACAUCAGCCCGAUCGGAGCCACAUUGGAGCAGAUUCAGAGCCACUUUCCUGGUUCUAAGGUGUCGUUGCCUGAUCCCUUGACGAUAUUGACGGGGCUAGCGACCUUCGGGCACGAAACCAUCGGCAGAAAACGAGCAAGGUAUCCCGAUAAGUUACGCAAUCUCGGUCUUUCACCAGAUACAGAGUAUACUCGUCUGGUCACUCCGACCGCAAAUAAGUCUCUGGAUUUCUCAAACUACCCGAAGUUCCACUACUUUCAUCAAUGCAGCGAAGAUUCCUCCAGCAAUCGCAGAGUUAAUGAAGUAGAGAAAUCGCAACCCGCAAACUUAACCCUUGACUGUAAUACCGUAGAGCUUGGUCUAAGGCAAUCCACAUGGCACCAGGCAGACAGCCCAGUUCCCCUUUCAAGCGUCAAGGAAGAAUCCGGCCUGGGCAAACUUGCACGAUCUCCAGCCGAGCCUGCGCCUUCUCGUCCCUUGCCAGGAUCAUCGAUACCAGUUGUGAUUUCACAAUCAACUGGUCGCGAACUGUAUAGCAAUGGUGUUACGGAAGCGACCCUCUCAUCAAAACUUUCAGACGAGGCUGAGGCUGACACGAGUAUCAAGCCUGAUUCGGAUGCCGCAUCUCCCACAGAUUGUAGGAUUAUCGGACACUUGCGCACCCGUCCGGUGGGGCUCGAACGGGACCUCUCGAGCACAUAUAAUGCCGCUCUCAGCAUGGACCAGGACCCGGAAGAGUUGCUGCAGCAGGAUAUAUUCCCUAUGCGAGUAUGGCGUUCCCUCAGCACGUUGAAGCAGCGGUUACCCAGCCAAGAGCGCUUGGAGAACUUGACCUGGCGCAUGACGCAUAUCAAUCUGCGAAAGCCAAAGGAACAGGAAGAACCGAAACGGCACCGUACUUCAAAUAAUUCUAUUGUAGGCUCUAGUGAUAUUGCAGACGUAGGAAAGACGUCUAAGCAGAAGGCCAUACAGCCAAAUAUCGUGGAGUUAGACGUCGUCACCAGCCCCGAAAAUAUUCCUUUGCCGGCCAGCCUAGUGCCAAUUUCGUCAUCAGAAGCGACAUGGCAGGUGGACAAAAAGUCCGUUUCCUCAGUCACUUUCGGACAGUCAUCGGGGUGUUUCCCCCCGAGCUAUCAAGGCUUCCGACCGGAUGCCCCAGAGAAAGGCAAUUUACCGAGGGCGACUACGACCUCCUACCAUCUACCACCACAGCCAAUAGGCUGGCCCACAUGCAUCCCCUCAAACAUGAAGUGGCACAGCCUGGUGAACAUGUCCACACUCGCUGCGGACGAGCAUGAGGGUGAAGGACGUGCUGAUACUAACCGACAUGUCUCCACCCAAAGUAACAUGCCGACAGAGCAGAGCCUUUUGCCUCAAGGUGACGAGAGUGUACCCCCAACUUGCACGAACUGCUUCACGCUGACCUGUGAUAUACUGGCUAGGAACGAGAAUGUAGAUCAGCUGGCCAUUGACGCCCCUGGUCAUAUAACCAGUGCUAAGGCAGUAUAUAACUUAUAUACCUUUAUUUCUUACUUAUUAAUAUUUUAA